GUUGUGAUUAAUGGCUGUAAAAAGCCACAACCAGAAUGAUAUUUUUGCUCUUCAUAUGAUUAUCUUUCUCCGUCUAUUUCCCCAACUCCUGAAAACCCACAAUCAACCAUCAAACCAACCAUGUCUCUCUCAUGGUGCAUAAACUCCACAAAAUACAAGUCACCAUUGUAUAAUCACACCCCAAAAUUCACCCCUCUUAAACCCUUUUUUCCCCACUUCCUAACUCCUCCAACUCUAACUUUAAGAUCAUCAAACGCAAAUUUUGGGUUGCUAAAAUGUGGGAACCAUAAUUAUGGACAUAUACUUGAAAAAUCUGAUGAAAAAGAGAUAUCCAAAUGGCAAAAUAUGGUGUCAAAUGCAACUAGUUUGUACCCUGUUUAUGUUUGUAUUGGAGGUGUUGUUGCUUGUUUGAGCCCUUCAUCUUUUUCGUGGUUUGUUGAAAGAGCUCCAUUUUCAUAUAGUCUCUCACUUGGAUUGAUUAUGUUGGCCAUGGGUUUGACGCUUCAGCUUCGGGAUUUGCUUAAUUUAUUUAAGCAGCGCCCUUUUUCUAUACUCGUUGGCUGUGUUGCUCAAUAUACAAUUAUGCCAUCAUUGGGGGUGUUCAUUGGCAAAUUGUUAGGGCUCCCACCAGCUGUAUCUGUUGGAUUAAUAUUGCUUUCGUGUUGUCCUGGAGGCACCGCAUCCAAUGUGGUGACUUUGAUUGCCCAUGGAGAUGUUCCUCUGUCUAUCAUAAUGACUAUGUGCACCACUAUUGCUUCAGUACUCGUCACCCCUCUCCUAACCAAAUAUCUGGCAGGAACAUAUGUUCCUGUUGAUGCUGUUAAGCUUUCGAUUAGCACAUUGCAGGUGGUUGUUGCUCCAGUUUUUCUGGGUUCAUUUUUCCAGAGUACAGUCCCUGCUGCUGUACAAGCUGUCACGCCUUAUGCUCCCCUUUUUGCUGUCUUAACAUCAUCAUUGCUAGCAUGCAGUGUCUUUUCUGAAAAUGUUGUUCGUCUCAAAACUCUGAUGCCUAGUACGUCAUUCACAUCUGAUCUGGCUCCAAAUCUUCAGAUGCAAGCAUUAUUGUCUAACGAACUGGGGAUUACAAUUUUGUCAGUAGUGUUGUUACAUUCCGCAGGUUUCUUUCUCGGGUAUGCCUACUCAACUAUUUUUGGCUUUCGAGAAACUCAGAGGCGGGCUAUAUCAAUAGAGGUGGGAAUGCAGAAUUCAUCCUUAGGUGUUGUUUUAGCAGCUUCUCACUUCACCUCACCAAUGGUGGCAUUACCCGCCGCGCUUUCUGCUGUCAUAAUGAACAUAAUGGGGAGUAGCUUAGGAUUCAUCUGGAAGAAUAUUAAACCUGUGAAUGAUCAAAAUGUAUAGAUUUCUUGUUAAGCUUAGUACUUCCUCUGUUUUUUAAAUAUUUUUAUAUUUGCUUUAUCAUAUAGACUAAAGAAUUGGUGA